CACCUAACCCUUUUGUUUUCCCUCGUACGCGUGCUCGUCCUCCUCGAGACCAGAGGCCUAUAAGACCGGCCGCCGGUCCCCGUCCAUCCUGCUUUUCUUCUCAUCCUCAUCCGCUCUUCUCUACUACUCAACCAAGUCGCUCUUUACUUGCCUUUUAGCAACCAACCCCAACCAACUCUUAAUCAAUCACAAUGAAGUUCGCCGCUGCCCUUUUCACCAUCGUCGUCUUGGCCUUCGCUGCCAUCGUCUCCGCUGCUCUUGAUGAGCGCGCCUACGUGACCGUCACCACCCUCGAGACCAUCACCUCGUGCGGUCCGACCGUCACCAACUGCCCGGCUUCGUCGACUGCCUCGUCCGCGAUCCCCUACUCCAACACCUCCAUCGCCGUCGUCAACUCCUCGACCCCUGCUGUCUCCACCUUCACCGGUGGUGCCAACCAGCAGACUGGUGUUGCCGCUGCCGCCAUGGCCGGUUUCCUCGGUCUUGUCGCCUACCUCAUCUAAGCGC